AAGACAUUUUAAUUUUCUUCAAAUAACUGUGAAAUUUUGCGGAGUUAGAGUUUAUAUCAUAUCUAGAGCAAUUAACACGUUGGGACGUUUUGGACAAGCCUAGUAAUAAUGUCUUCGAACACUAGUCCCUCACACUAUACGGAAGACGCUUUUGUAACAGAUGCAGACUUUAAAGUUGAAAUUAACCAAAAAAUGAAGGUACCACAAAAAAUAAGUUUUAAUGACCGUAAUGGCGACAUUAGAAACUCCUGGAUACGAGACGACUUUAAUAUGCAAGUGCCUGAGCGGAUAUUGGUGAUGGGGCAAGAUCAACAUGUUGGUACACGAGCGCCUCCAAGGGAAAUCGUUUUUGAUAAUUCUUUGCUGGCCUCAGGUGAGCAGUAUGACACCACUUUGCCUAGAGUUGCCACACCCCCUAGAACUCUUACACUGGACAAAUAUCCUUAUCCAGGCAUUGAAGAGGGCAAAUGUGACCCGGAUAUUGAUGACCAUUUGCCUGUAGUUCGUCCGAAAGCAAAGGUGCAACUCAACUUAAAUGAAAGCGUAUACUCAAUGACCAAUUCUUACAAGGAAGCGACUCCCCCACUAGGCGGAGGCGGCGAAUCCCUAACUCCAGCAGAAGAAGUCGUCCACCUACGAAGACAAUUGGCCAAACUCAAUCGCCGUGUCAUGACUCUGGAACUAGAAACUAUCAACAGACUUCAGAAAGAAAAAAUCGUAGUGGGUUUUGGAAUCGCAUACUUUCUUCUUAAAGUAAUUAUAUGGAUGAACAGAGACUAGGCGAUCCGAAUAGUAUUUUCGGUACAAUUAAAACGACUGUUAGUAAUAAUAACCAGCAUUUUUGUGCCUGCAAAAAGUCUGCAACUUUGUAAGCAGAAAGAUGCUCAUAUUGUUUAGGUUAAAAGGAUUGUCUUGUGUUUUUAGAAGCCCGAUUGAGGCAUAAACAAUAUUUGAUAAAUAAGUUGAAUUGACCAGGAUCAUAAGUAAUAUUGUAUUUAACUUGUACUGUUUAUGAACUUGAAUUAAUAAACAUUGUUAAAUCAUAUACAACGUUA